AUGACGCUUGUGAGGGAUCCGUUGUUCUGGAAGCGCUUUUCACGCGCGGUCCAUCUGGAUGAAGAGGCAAAAGCUGCAGCUCAAAACAAGAGCCCGGGACAACUGGAUCCAAGCACAGUACCGAAAGAAACGACGGUCGAUAGUAUGUGGCUUUGUCAUCUUUUUGGCAGUUACGAGUCUCGUGGCCGGUAUUAUUGUGGUCCUUCUGUGGCUCCAUGCCCACCACUGGUUACAAGACAGUCACGAUAG